UUUUCGCAGCCCCCUGCCUCACAACCUAACCUCUGAACCCUUCUCCAUUGCGCAGCUGCGCCGCUUUCCAACUUCCAGGUGCCGCGCCGCUUUCCAACUUCUCUACCGGUUGCUGCCAGCCUGCCCCUGUCGACGCCGUCGCCGGCAAUCUCUCUCCGUCGACAGCAAUCUCUCUCCGGUGCGUCGUCUCUCUCCGGAAGUAGCUGAAAAUGAAACGAUAUUAUAAUCACAUAGUUACUACAAGUGGGGCGGGUUCAUCUUCAACGAUUAAUGGUCCUAAUGCACGUGUGGAACCUGAAGCAUCACCAAAAGAAGUGAAUAUUGAAGUUGAUCUUCAGCUUGAGCCAUCUUCGAAAGUGGUUGAUUUAUUAAAUCUUCCAAGUGAUCCGGGACUACGGCCUAACAUAAUGAGCUAUCCUCCAAACAUGAUUGAGCAGGUGCGUAGAGCUUAUUUAUUAAAAGGUCCAUGUCAACCGCGUAAUCAUGAUUUUCCACAGAAGAUAGAGGCCAAUAGAAAGCGAAAAUUUGUUUCGGCUUGGUUUGAUGAAUUCAAGAUGUGGUUGGAAUAUAGUAUUGCAAAAGAUGCUGCUUUUUGCUUAUAUUGUUAUUUGUUUUCAUCGGGUAGUAGCGAAAAAGGACAUGAUGCUUUUAUAUCUGGAGGGUUUAAUACUUGGCGCAAGAAAGAUAGAUUGAGAGAUCAUGUUGGAGAGGUUAAUAGUGAUCAUAAUAAAUGUAGAUUGGCAUGUCAAGAUUUGAUGAAUCAAGCCCAACACAUUGAGGUGACAAUUUCUAGAGUAUCUAAACAGUCACAGAUGGAUUAUCGCUCUAGAUUAGAUGCAUCAAUAAAGUGUCUCCGCUAUCUCCUUAUGCAAGGAAUGGCUUUUCGAGGACAUGAUGAGUCAGAAGAAUCUUUGAACCAAGGCAAUUUUAUCAGGGAUUGGAGAUCUUGCUGA